AUGUCAGAGUGGAUACUGUCUCUACCUGAUGACCUCAGACAAGAGAUCAAGACUUUGAUCUCACAAAACAGCUCGAACUUAGAUAUUUUGAACAAGUUGUACGCUUAUUUGAGAAAAGACGAGCCUGAAGGAAAGAAAAGAAAGCUUGAAUCAGACUCAAAGGACGCGAUAACAACUGGGGACCGAGAAAUCGGGCCAGAUGAAGUUAUAUUUGAGAUUCCUCAAGUGUCUUUUCAAUCUCCUGUCCGUAAGAAGUUGAAUCUAGUUUUUCAUUUGAUAGAACAAAAUAAUCAGCCGACACCUGUAUUAUCAAUUGCCAAUCCCGCUACGAACGUUCCUUUGAUGUCUUUAACUGACCUAAGAAGCUCCAUAAAGUUAUGCCUCAUAAUACCUAUCUUGGGCAAUUCCACUAAUCCUCAAAAGAAAAGCACGGUGUCAUUAUUUUUCUGGAUAAAUGAUACCUUCGCUGAAGAUCCUGUCAAAAAUGAUCCCAUAAUAUGUCAAAUCAAUUUGGACAUAAUUAAGAAGCAAAUGAUGAAGUCAGGGAAGCUUCCUGCAAACAUCGAUGAUCAAUUGAACCAGAGUUCUGAGACGAAUAAUUUGAAUCUUAAUCCAGUGCAAGAGAGAAUAAUCGAUUAUUUUCAGCGCCAAUUCAGAUUAUGUGGAAUAAACAUCAUUAAUUACCUUCCUUGCAAUAGCUUAUUUUUCAACAAGUAUACUUUAAAUACUGACAGUGGACUUGCUUUGUCAGUCGACUCAUCUGAAGAGGACAAUUUUAUUUUGAUUGAUGCCCAUAAAGGCUCUAAAGAGGGAGCAUUAAUGUUUUUAAAAUCAAACCAAUUCAACGAGUCUUAUUUGAUAUAUGGUUUUAAAAAACCAGUUUUACUUUACAAAGCCUCAAAUAUAAAAAGUGCUUCCUAUAGCAACAUAACUAGAAAUACCUUCAGUCUUAUUAUUAGCGUCAUGGACGAAAAGGAUGAGGAAAAAAGUGUUGAAUUCAGUAUGAUAGAUCAAAGCUUUUUCCAAGUUAUUGAUAAUUUCAUAAAAGCACAAAAUAUUAACGAUAAUUCUUUUGACGAUAAACUAAGAGAGAAAAUUAAGGAACCUUCAACAACAGCUGGUGCUGAAAAUGGGGUUCUUCGAGCAGAAGGAGCGGAAGAUGACGAAGACGAAGAAGACGAUGGUGAUUACCAAGGUGCAGCCGGAGAAGAAAGUGAUGUUGAAGAAGAAUACAACAGCAAUGCUGCUUCGGAUGUUGAUGGAGAAGAUAAAGAGGAUGGCGAGGAAGAUGAAGAUGGAGUCUUUAACAAGGCUAAGGAAGAGGAAGAUAUUGAAGUUUGA